AUGUCGGUGAUCUCGCCAAACAUUGACCCUGUCGUGGAUGUGACGCCCUCCCACUCCUAUGAUCCUGUGCAGUCUCCUCAAGCCAUGAUGUCGACCGCCUGCGACCCCGCGCCUAACGCUAGCCUCGGGGACGACAAAGCGUCACCAAAAGAUGCUGUUCAGCAAACUCAGGAGGAGCGAGAGCGUAUUCUUCAAUGGGCAAGAGACAUCGUCAAAAAAUAUCCCUACCAGCCACGGAAAGUGCGACAGGAAGCUGCUCGUGCAAAGUCUUCCAAUGAAUUUCUUCACAACUUACAAGAAGAUAUCACAGCAUCAAUUGAAUUUCUGUGA